CCAGCUUCCGUUCCCCACCGGAGCACCACAGUGGCGCGCGUGACUUCCUGUUUACAGCUCUGAUCGAGCUCGGUAUAUAUCAUUUAGUAAUACUCUGCGUAUUUUUGGAGAUUUCUGGGUUUAGAGAUGAUCCCUUUCACUGUCAACAUCAAACUCGCCGCCCGGACACUGACCGGUCCUCUUAACUCCCACAACAAACCAGCCGUGGACUGGGGUUGGCAAGGCCUGAUUGCUCAGGGAUGCCACUCCAGCAUCCUUAUCAUUGAUCCAAAAACUGCUCAGACUAUUCAAGUCCUGGAGAGGCAUAAAGCCAAUGUUGUCAAGGUAAAAUGGUCAAGGGAGAACUACCACCACAGUCUUAGCUCCCCCUACUCCCUGAGACUGGCCUCUGCUGAUGCUGCAGGCAAAAUCAUUGUAUGGGAUGUGGUGAGCGGCAUGGCACACUGUGAGAUCCAGGAGCAUGCCAAACCAAUCCAGGACCUGGAUUGGCUGUGGAAUCAGGACGCGUCACGUGACCUACUUUUGGCUGUUCACCCUCCCAACUAUAUAGUUCUGUGGAACGGAGAUACAGGGACCAAGUUAUGGAAGAAGAGCUAUGCUGAAAACAUCCUCUCCUUCUCUUUUGAUCCUUUUGACCCAUCCAAUCUGGCCUUGCUGACCAGCGAGGGAAUCGUCUUCAUCACAGACUUCUCCCCCUCCAAGGCCCCAGGCAGCGCUGGCAAGAAGGUUUACAUCGCCAGCCCCCACUCUAGCCCCGCCCACAGCAAACCUGCUGCUGUCCAGCCAACUGGUGCAAAGAAAGCCCUUAACAAAGUCAAAGUGCUCAUCACUAAUGAGAAACCCACGGCAGAAGCAGUGACUCUGAACGAUUGUCUCCAGCUGUCCUAUUUGCCAUCAAAGAGAAACCACAUGCUGCUGCUUUACCCGAGAGAGAUCCUUAUUCUGGACCUGGAACUCAGCCAGACUGUGGGAGUGGUGGCCAUUGAGCGCUCUGGUGUACCCUUCAUACAGGUGAUCCCAUGUGCCCAGAGGGAUGUUCUUUACUGCCUGCAUGAAAAUGGCUGCAUCACAUUGCGUGUCUGCCGCUCCACCACACCGCUGUCUGAGGAAACAGCUGUAGAUCCGGAGCAGAGCGUGCAGGAGCUGGUGUACGACCUGCGCUCUCAGUGUGAUGCCAUUCGUGUCACCAAGACUGUGCGACCCUACCGUGCUGUGGUCUGUCCGGUAAAUGAGAACAGGGCUGCCCUGGUGGUCAGCGAUGGUCGCAUCAUGCUGUGGGAAUUAAAAGCUCAUAACAUCAAAGCACCAACCAACCUCAGUUCUGGCUUGUCCCCUCUCUACUCUCCCAUUAAUUUUUGUGGAACUCCUUUGAGUCGGAACCAGAAACGGAUCCCAGACCUCUCCCUCAAUACUAUGAUUGGUCAUACCCUGAUCUCAGGUGUGGAUCCCCCAUGGCCCACUGCUGGCCAACAGGAAGUGCAGUUAAAGUUCCUCCUGACUGGGUUGCUGUCCGGCCUGCCCUUGCCACCGUUCUCCCUACGAAUGUGUCCUCCCCUGACCACUAAGAACAUCAACCACUACCAGCCUCUACUGGCUGUGGGUACAAGCAACGGCUCUGUGCUGGUGUAUAACCUGACCAGUGGUCUUCUGCACAAAGAGCUGAGUGUCCAUUCCUGUGAAGUCAGAGGAAUUGAGUGGGUUAGUCUGACCAGCUUCCUGUCCUUUGCCACCUCUUCUCCGAACAACAUGGGGCUAGUGAGAAAUGAGCUCCAGCACGUGGACUUACGUACAGGCAGGUGUUUUGCCUUUCGAGGUGAACGUGGGAAUGAUGAACCAGCAAUUGAAAUGAUAAAAGUAUCCCAUCUCAAGCAGUAUCUGGUGGUGGUGUUUAGAGACAAACCUCUGGAACUAUGGGACGUUCGCACGGGGACCUUGCUGCGUGAGAUGGCUAAAAAUUUUCCCACCGUUACUGCUUUGGAAUGGUCUCCAUCUCACAACCUCAAAAGUCUGAAAAAGAAACAAAUGGCAGCACGAGAAGCCAUGGCCAGACAGACUACGCUCUCAGAUGCUGAACAGAGCAGCAUUGAGUCUUCUGUUAUCAGCUUGCUGCAGGAGGCAGAGAGUAAAGCAGAGAUGAGUCAGGGUAUAUCUGCCCGGGAGCACUUUGUUUUUACUGAUACAGAUGGCCAGGUUUACCACAUCACUGUGGAAGGCAACAGUGUAAAGGAUGGAGCACGCAUUCCUCCUGAUGGUAGCAUGGGCAGCAUUGCCUGCAUUGCAUGGAAGGGUGACACUCUAGUUUUAGGAGACGUGGAUGGAAACCUAAAUUUCUGGGAUCUGAAGGCCCGUCUCUCCAGAGGUAUUCCCACACACCGAGGAUGGGUAAAGAAAAUCCGUUUUGCUCCUGGGAAAGGAAACCAAAAGCUUCUGGUGAUGUACACGGAUGGAGCUGAGGUGUGGGAUACCAAAGAGGUGCAAAUGGUGAGCAGCAUCAGAGUGGGCCGGAACAUGAGUUACCGUAUUCUGGACAUUGACUGGUGCACCUCAGACAAAGUGGUACUGGCCUCCGACGACGGCUGUGUGCGUGUAUUAGAGAUGGCUAUGAAGUCUGCCAGCUAUAGAAUGGAUGAACAGGAUCUAACUGAUCCAGUUUGGUGUCCAUACCUGCUGCUCCCCCGUGCUGCCCUCACUCUGAAAGCUUUCCUCCUUUUGCAGCCCUGGUCUGGAAGCUACACCAUGGACAUCGCUCAAGUGGACUACCACGAGAAGGAUGAAAUCAAAGGCCUGGUCCAGGAGCAGCUAAAUUCUCUGUCUAAUGACAUCAAAAGUGUACUGGAAGACCCAGAACUCAGUCUGUUGCAGCGCUGCCUUCUUGUGUCACGUCUGUUUGGUGACGAGUCAGACCUGCAGUUCUGGACGGUGGCGGCACAUUAUAUCCAGUCCUUUUCUCAGGCGAGGCAGCUGAGUGUGCCUGCUUCUGAGACCCAGCCUCCAGCAGAAGGCUCCCAAAGCGUGCCCCAGGGUCACCUGGACAUCUGCCAUGACAUACUGUGUGAAAGCUCCUUUUUCCAGAGGUUCCAGCUUGAGAGGGUUCAUCUGCAGGAGGUGAAGAGGUCCAGCUAUGAGCACACUAAAAAAUGUGCUGACCAGCUGCUUCUUCUGGGGCAGACAGAUCGAGCCGUGCAGCUGCUGUUGGAGACAAAUGCAGACAAUCCCAGCUACUACUGCGACUCUCUAAAGGCCUGUCUUGUGACCACUAUUCCUUCUUCUGGGCCAUCACAGAGCACCAUCAAGCUGGUCGCCACCAACAUGAUCGCCAGUGGCAAGCUAGCAGAGGGUGUGCAGUUGCUGUGUCUAAUUGACAAAGCAGUAGACGCGUGUCGGUACCUGCAGACAUAUGGGGAGUGGAAUCGUGCUGCCUGGCUGGCAAAGGUGCGUCUGAACCCAGCCGAGGCUUCUGAUGUAUUAAAGCGAUGGGCUGAACAUCUCUGCUCUUCUCAGGUCAAUCAGAAAUCUAAAGCUGUGCUCGUUCUGCUGUCACUGGGCUGUUUCCACAAAGUGGGUGAAAUGCUUCACAGUAUGAGGUAUUUCGAUCGAGCAGCCCUGUUUAUUGAAGCCUGUCUGAAGUAUGGCGUGAUGGAAGCUGAUGACGGCACAAAUAAGUUAAUAGGGGCAGCUUUUGCUGACUAUGCCCGCCUGCUGCAGUCCAUGGGGCUGAGAGAAGGAGCGGCGUUGUGGGCCUCGCGGGCAGGAGGAGCCGGGGAGGUGCUUCUGGAGGAGCUGUUCCAGCGGGAGGCUACAGACCUCACCCCAAAAGAAGAGGAGGCAGAGGCAGGCCUAGGGACCAUAGAAUGAUGAAAUAACAGCAGAGCUGGCAGGGUUCAUCAGUUCCAGUCCUACAGGACGAAUUUAGUAAAAUGCUUUGAGCUGGGAAAUCACUUGGCUGGCAGGAUUGGAACUGAAGAAUCCUGAUAUAGGGCUGUGGACUAGAAGAGGAGUACAGAGAAACUACAUGUUGCACAUUUAUGGCACCAAGUUGGCAUCCUGUUUCAUUUCCUCAUGUUAUAUAUGUUGGAGUUUAAUGCCUAUGGUGAGUUGUGAGCAGUAAAUAUUAUAAAGUGUGGGCAAGGUGUUGUUUAAUGUACGAUGUAAUGAGUGUGUUUAUUGGUAGGUAGGGUGUUUUCACACCAGCACAAUUUUAUUUGGUUAAGUCAGACUCUGGUUUGUUUUGCACUGUUGGUACAGUAAUCACGCUCGGGUUCGGACCAAAACAAUCGAGCUGAGACUCGCCAGAGGAAUCUCAGUGCAGUCCCGGAUCAAAUCACAGAUCUGUUUGUUCUAAGAACUUGAUCUGACCCGACAAUCAAAUAUACGUGUUUGAGAUAAUGGCUGUUUAAGUGCAGUUUAUAGUGAUUUAUUAACUAAUGCAUCUCUGCUGUUCCACGCUAAGCUGUAUUUAUACUGAGCGGGGUAUGUGCAGCACUCACCACUGUGCGGAGCAAAUAGUUUGGAAGUGCAGUAGCAAAUUUUUCAAAAGCAACUUCUUUUAAAGCAACUUCACACUGUACCAAUAUACAUGCUAGCCCAGAACACAGGACCUUCUAGCUCCACUCCAGACAGCACUGACCAAUAAGGGCAGAGAACGUGCUAACAUGGUUUGUUUUGAUGCAUUUUGUUACAUUUGUGAUUUUCCUUUUCUAAACACCAAACCAAAAGAGGUUUGUUUAGCUCUGGGUAACUUGUUAACCAGAAAAACCAACUUCAGGUGUGAAGGAUGACAAAAAAAUAUUACUCCCCUAUAUGCACUUUCUCUAUGAGCAUGCACUCUCAAAUUUACCCGUCCAUUCUUCGUCUCGUGUGAUCACAUUGCUUGUGUCUGAUUGUAGGUGUUGCUUUUGGAAUGUGCUGUCCUGUGGCUCAUUUUGUUCUUUCUUUUCCAAGAACUUGUUAACUGGACCAGUUCCCUAACUGUGAUUUAUGUACAUACCUUAGAGUGGUCAUUCCUUGAGCUCAAAUAUUUCUUAAAUAUUACAUUGAAAAUAAAUGAUGCAUUACGCAAUUCAAAUAGUUUUCUUUACAUUUUAUUUUGGUUUAAAUCACUUUUAAAAUACAGGUGCAUCUCAAAAUUUAUUUGAGUUCUAUUUAAAAGGAGAUUUUAUAUAGAUUCAUUACACACAGAGUGAUCUAUUUCAAAUGUUUAUUUUUUACUGUUGAUUAUUAGGGAUUACAGCUAAUGAAAAUCCCUAAAGUCUGCAUCUCAGACAAUUAUAGACCAGCUGGUGCUUUUGGCAGUGUGGGCAGUGGGACGUCCUGCUGGAAAAUAAAAUCUGCAUCUUCUUAAAGGUAGUAAGCAGAGGGAAGCAUGUAGCACUGUAAAAUCUCCUGGUAGAUGCUGCACUGAUAUUGGAUUUGAUAUAACCAGUGGAAUGACAAACGCAGAUCACAUUUCUCCAGAUUUUUAAAAGAGAUAAAUUCAUAUAGAUCACUCUGUGUGUAAUAUGUCCAAGUGAUAUAUAUACACUAGCUGGUCAAAAAAUGUUUCCUCCUGGAUUUAAGUAAGUAAAUAAUGUGGGGUUGAUGCUGCGGUUGGUCAGAAUGAGAAUGAGGUCAGCUGACUACCUGAAUAUUCUGAAUAUAGACCAGGUUAUUCCAUCAAUAGAUUUUAUCUUCUCUGAUGACACGGGCAUAUUCCAAUAUGACAAUGUCAGGAUUCAUGGUGCUGGAAUUGUGAAAGAGUGAUUCAGGGAGCAUGAGAUCAUAAUUUUCACAUAUGGAUUAAGAGAGUUCAUCACAGAGUCAAGAUCUUAACCUCAGUGAGAAUCUUUGGGAUGUGCUGGAGAAGACUUUGUGCAGUGGUCAGACUCUACCAUCAUCAAUGCUGCAAGAUCUUGGUGAAAAAUUAAUGCAACACUGGAUUGAAAUAUUUUUUUGACCAGGCAGUGUAGGUUUCACCUUUUGAAUAGAAUAAAAACCUUUCAAUGAUUAAUAUUUUUAUGAAUUUUAUGUUUUUUUUUUGUGUACAUGGCUACAGAACAGUGGGUGUUCAAUAAAUAACCUUUGGUAGUAAGCUUUUUGAACCAGGCAUGAUGAUGAUAUAAAAUAUUAAAUUAAUAAAACGUAUUAAUUUGUAAUAAAUAUUAUUUAACACGGGGAAUGGUUUAAUGUUGGUUGGGAGUGGACUAUACAAUGUUUAAGUGCUAUAAGAUUAAUCAUUAUGCAUGUUAGAGAAAUAAAAGUGUGUGUUCAUUAUGGUUUGUGUGUAGUUUCCAGUUGUUAUGAAUUAAUGAACUAUAAAUGGUUCUGGGUUGAAUUUGCCAGGGUGCAGUUGGAGUAAAUGGAUGUGUAAUUUUU